GUGACUCUGUAGAUUUUCUUUGGGCGACCUGUGUGACUCGCGCAAGUACUUUGAACAACUCGUGCUGAACUUUAGUUUGAUAAGUCGAACAAGAGGAUUGCUGUCAAAAUUGCGUACUGAAAAAUAAGUUGAAGACUGAACAAAAUGCUGUGUUUUCCCCAUUAGAAACUUUUAUUCCAAAGAUGUGGGACACAGCGAACAUCCCGCGCGGAAAAAAGAGAAAACCUGUAAAAACGUUAUGUAGCCUUAGCAGCCAAAAAAGAAAUUAAGAUAUGGAAUAUUCGGAAGCAAAUUUGAAGGUCAGAACAUUUUUGUUUUUGCCUGUUUUCUGCCGAACUGUAUGCAUUUCCUAGGAGUAUUUACAGUCGUUGAAACUUAUGAGAAAAUGUAAAAGUGGGUUUUCAUCUAUUUGUCCAGAUACAACGAAGCAAAAAUUCGUGUUUCACAUGUUUUAUUUUUAUUUAUUCAUCGGAAAUUUUUUGUGCAUAUCUAAGUGGCAUGAAUACGCAAGACACAUAACUGUAAUGUCUGGGUGACAAUCGCGACGCUGUCAAUUCAAUUAGGUUAUGUAGAUGACGCUAGUGACAGAAUCGGUCGAUCGAGGCGCUGUCACUAUCUAAUAAUAGCAAGAUCGCGUUGUUACUUGAAUGAAUAACGGGUGAACAUAUGUAAAGGUGACCUCCAGAUUGUUCAAAAAUAGGUCAGUGUUACCACUACUUCUUAGGAAACAAUUAUCUCAUCGCCGGAUAUCAAACGAGGUGUUUAGUGUAUGGCAGACUACGCUUAGUGUUACCACAGCAAUGACAACAGCUGUGAGCAUGGAGGCCGAUGCACCUGCGAUGACAAGUGAGGAGGGUGUCACAAGCGCGCCCAAGGGAGUACCAAAGCGUCCAAUAAGACGGAGUGGAAAACCUCCACCGGAUCGACCAGUCAGAGCGCUCUUCUGCUUAGGUUUAAAAAAUCCUAUCCGAAAAUUGUGUAUUGACGUGGUGGAGUGGAAACCCUUUGAAUAUCUCAUUCUUUUGACAAUUUUCGCCAAUUGUGUAGCUCUAGCUGUAUAUACACCAUAUCCUAACAGCGACAGCAACACAACAAACGCCGCUCUCGAAAAAAUAGAGUACAUUUUUCUCGUUAUCUUUACUGCUGAGUGUGUGAUGAAAGUUGUAGCAUAUGGUUUCGUACUACAUUCGGGAGCAUAUUUACGCAAUGGCUGGAACUUACUUGAUUUCACAAUAGUUGUGAUUGGUAUGAUCAGCACAGCAUUGUCGAAUCUCAUGAAAGAGGGCUUUGAUGUGAAAGCUUUGAGAGCUUUUCGUGUUCUCAGGCCACUGCGACUCGUCUCUGGAGUGCCUAGUCUCCAGGUGGUACUGAAUUCAAUCUUACGAGCUAUGAUUCCAUUAUUGCAUAUUGCGCUUCUCGUUUUGUUUGUGAUCAUCAUUUACGCAAUCGUGGGCCUUGAAUUGUUCAGCGGCAAGAUGCAUAAAACUUGUUUCGACAAUAGCACCGGUUCACCCAUGGACGAGCCUCAUCCGUGCGGCGAAGGCGGUUUUCAGUGUGAAAGUAUUGGACUCAUAUGUCGUUACUAUUGGGAAGGACCCAAUUUCGGCAUUACUAACUUUGACAAUUUCGGCCUGGCCAUGCUAACCGUCUUUCAGUGUGUCACGCUCGAAGGUUGGACGGAUGUGCUCUAUGACAUUGAAGACGCAAUGGGAAAUAGCUGGCAAUGGAUCUAUUUCAUCAGUAUGGUCAUUCUAGGUGCCUUCUUUGUUAUGAAUCUAAUUCUAGGCGUGUUAAGCGGAGAGUUUUCCAAAGAAAGAACUAAAGCAAAAAACCGCGGUGACUUUCAAAAACUGCGUGAGAAGCAACAAAUCGAGGAGGACCUAAGGGGUUAUUUGGACUGGAUAACGCAAGCUGAAGACAUUGAACCUGAAGCGGAGUCUGCCAUGAUUCAUGUUGAUGGUGCCCACAAAGGUAAAGUUGGUGAGGCAGCACCAGCGGACUCGAAUGAGCAUUUAGGCAUCGAGAACUUGGAGCAGCAGGAAUCAUGGUGGCGCGCACGAAAGAAGAAUCUAGAACGCGUGAACCGGCGUCUUCGCCGUGCGUGCCGUAAAGCAGUAAAAUCGCAGGCAUUUUAUUGGCUGAUAAUUGUGCUAGUAUUUCUUAACACUGGCGUACUCGCAACAGAGCAUUACCGACAACCGCCGUGGUUAGAUGACUUUCAGGAAGUCACAAACAUGUUUUUUGUUGCGCUUUUCACUAUGGAAAUGAUACUUAAAAUGUACAGUCUCGGCUUCCAAGGCUAUUUUGUCAGCCUCUUUAAUCGUUUCGACUGUUUUGUGGUUAUCGGUAGCAUUGGUGAAAUGGUUCUUACAAAUACGCACAUUAUGCCACCACUAGGCGUGUCGGUGUUACGGUGUGUGCGCCUUUUGCGUGUUUUUAAGGUGACCAAAUACUGGCGAAGUCUUAGCAAUCUUGUGGCAAGUCUUCUCAACUCCAUCCAAUCAAUUGCAAGUUUACUGUUGCUGCUCUUCCUCUUCAUUGUUAUCUUCGCCCUUCUAGGCAUGCAAGUUUUCGGUGGAAAAUUUAAUUUUAAUAGCACAGUGGACAAACCACGAUCAAACUUCGACAGUUUUUGGCAAAGCCUGUUGACUGUAUUUCAGAUCCUUACUGGAGAAGACUGGAACACAGUGAUGUACGAUGGUAUUCAGGCAUACGGUGGAGUAGCUUCUAUCGGCAUCAUCGCAUGCAUUUACUUCAUCAUCCUUUUUAUUUGCGGCAAUUAUAUUCUUCUUAAUGUUUUCCUGGCUAUCGCCGUGGACAAUCUCGCAGAUGCCGAUUCUCUCACGACCAUUGAGAAGGAAGAGGGCAAUGAAGAAGCAGAUGAGACGAAACCCAGUGGCUCAAAGCCAUCUCGGAGCCCAUCGCCGAUUCUGGACGUUGACGACCUUGGCGAUGAAUUCGAUGGAACAGAGAAUUUCUCUGAUCAUGAAGAUGAGACAAUUUCUGAAACACGAAUGCGCCUACAAGAAAAUGGAGAGGUUGAAGAAAAUAUGGAAGGAUCAAUCAAAACCCACACAGGUGGCGAUGAACGCGCCAUGGUUUCGGCUCGACCACGCCGAAUUUCCGAUAUCAAUCAAAUGCCAAAUCAAACACAACCAAUACCGCCGGCUUCGGCUUUCUUCAUCUUUUCUCAAAGGAACAGAUUCCGUAUCUUCUGCCACUGGUUAUGCAAUCAUAGUCAUUUUGGAAAUAUUAUCUUGGCCUGCAUCAUGUUCAGCAGUGCAAUGUUGGCAGCUGAAGAUCCUUUGAACGCGGGCAGCGAGCGAAAUCAAAUACUCAAUUAUUUCGACUAUUUCUUCACGGCUGUCUUCACAAUUGAACUCCUGCUUAAACUUAUAUCAUAUGGUUUCGUCUUUCAUAAAGGUGCCUUCUGUCGUUCGGCUUUUAAUUUACUAGACCUCCUAGUUGUUUGUGUGUCUCUGAUCUCCAUGUUUUUUAGCUCUGGUGCCAUAUCUGUGGUAAAGAUUUUGCGAGUUCUUCGUGUUCUACGACCUCUGCGCGCCAUAAAUCGAGCGAAGGGUUUAAAGCACGUCGUCCAGUGCGUAAUCGUGGCCGUUAAGACUAUCGGCAAUAUUGUUCUUGUUACGUGCCUCCUUCAGUUCAUGUUCGCCGUCAUUGGAGUGCAAUUGUUUAAGUAUGUGGUAAAAUGUGUAAUAGUUGCCAUUAAAACCAUUGGCAACAUCAUGCUGGUGACAUAUUUGCUGCAAUUCAUGUUCGCCGUGAUUGGAGUGCAACUGUUCAAGGGAAAGUUCAACUCGUGCUCAGAUGGCAGCAAAACUAUCGAAACGGAAUGUCAUGGUACAUAUUUGGUAUUUGAAAAUGGCGAUGUGGAUAAACCCGUAUUGCGUGAGCGAAAUUGGUCACGAAACCGUUUUCACUUUGAUGAUGUAUCGAAGGCCAUGCUCACCCUGUUUACUGUGUCUACGUUUGAAGGAUGGCCUGGACUUCUCUAUGUAUCUAUUGAUUCAAAUGAGGAAGAUCUUGGGCCCAUUCACAACUUUCGUCCGAUAGUAGCAGCUUACUACAUUAUUUACAUAAUCAUAAUCGCUUUCUUCAUGGUAAACAUAUUCGUGGGCUUUGUGAUCGUAACUUUCCAGAACGAGGGUGAACAAGAGUAUAAAAAUUGUGAAUUAGACAAAAACCAGCGCAAUUGCAUAGAGUUUGCGCUGAAAGCAAAGCCAGUGCGGCGAUAUAUACCAAAACACCGCAUCCAGUAUAAAGUAUGGUGGUUCGUUACAUCACAACCUUUUGAGUACACCAUAUUCAUUCUUAUAAUGAUUAAUACCAUAACGUUAGCAAUGAAGUUCUAUCGGCAGCCAGAUCUCUACACUGAAGCUCUUGACGUGCUGAAUAUGAUCUUUACGGCAGUCUUCGCUCUCGAGUUUGUGUUCAAGUUGGCAGCCUUCAGAUUUAAGAAUUACUUUGGUGACGCUUGGAACGUGUUUGACUUCAUUAUUGUAUUAGGCAGCUUCAUUGAUAUCGUGUACUCGGAAGUGAAUGUAAGACAGGGCGUAAAGCCUGGUUCUAGUAUUAUCAGCAUCAAUUUUUUUCGACUCUUCCGGGUGAUGCGACUAGUUAAGCUAUUAAGUCGCGGAGAAGGCAUCAGGACUUUGCUUUGGACAUUUAUAAAGUCCUUCCAGGCCUUACCAUACGUGGCUCUCCUCAUAGUAAUGCUCUUCUUUAUCUAUGCCGUAAUUGGAAUGCAAGUGUUUGGGAAAAUUGCGCUUGAUUCUGAGACAUCUAUUCACCGCAACAACAACUUCCAGACUUUUCCGCAAGCUGUACUUGUGCUCUUCAGAAGUGCCACUGGCGAAGCAUGGCAGGAUAUUAUGAUGGAUUGCAGCUCGAGACCGGGAGAGGUUAAGUGUGAUGCGAGAUCAGAUGAUAGUGGCUCGAAAGAGGGUUGUGGCUCAAGCAUAGCAUUUCCAUAUUUCAUCUCCUUUUACGUUCUUUGUUCUUUUCUGAUCAUCAACUUAUUUGUUGCGGUAAUCAUGGACAAUUUUGAUUAUCUCACCCGAGACUGGAGUAUUUUGGGACCUCAUCACUUAGACGAGUUUAUCCGAUUAUGGAGUGAGUACGACCCAGAUGCAAAAGGACGUAUUAAGCACCUGGACGUAGUCACUCUACUACGUAAAAUCAGUCCACCACUUGGCUUUGGCAAACUCUGUCCACACCGUGUUGCAUGCAAACGAUUAGUGAGCAUGAAUAUGCCACUUAAUAGUGACGGCACUGUUUUGUUCAACGCAACGUUAUUUGCGGUAGUACGCACAAGCCUCAAAAUUAAAACGGAAGGCAACAUUGACGAAGCUAAUGCUGAACUUCGUGCAACCAUUAAACAGAUCUGGAAACGUACAAGUUCCAAACUUCUGGAUCAGGUUGUACCGCCUCCCGGAGUUGAAGACGAGGUUACAGUGGGCAAAUUUUAUGCCACCUUUCUCAUUCAGGACUAUUUUCGUCGUUUUAAAAAACGCAAAGAGCAGGAAUUGCGAGAUGGCGAACGAGAUCAUAAUGCUACAAUGACGUUGCAAGCAGGACUACGAACUUUGCAUGAGGCUGGACCUGAACUUAAACGUGCUAUAUCAGGCAACUUGGAUGAAUUAGCAGAAGAGCCCGAACCUAUGCAUCGGCGUAAUCAUACUCUCUUUGGUACUAUGUGGUCCUCUAUACGCCGACGCUCCGGUGUAUCAGUACCACGAAAAGCGGACCAUUCUGUUAAUGGACUUAAUCAUGUGCAACGUUUACCAGAAGAAUCAGUGGAGCACAUUCAUAUGCGACCAUUACUCAUCACUGCGUCUAUGCACUCAUCCAUAGCUGAGGAUAAGUCUUGCACCACGCCAAUUCUACUACCUGUCGCCAGAGUAUGUCGCAUCGCUAGCGGUCUGAGGCUGGCUCAAAAUCAAGCGAUGCUCGUAGCUGGUUUCACGCCGGAAGCAAUUGAAAUGCAUGCAAUUCGCAACCACCGAGCCUCAUUUCAUGGACGAGUCAAUAAUGAAAUGAAUAGCAGUUUCACAGUGGAAAGAUUGGUACGCUCGACACCAGGAUCACCACGUGAGAGGCGCGGUGGCUCAACGGAAGUUGUGGGAUCAGCCGAAAGCCUCGUUGGUCAGGUGUUGGUAGAACAAGGCCUAGGCAAAUACUGUGAUGCUGACUUUGUGCGAUACACUUCGCGUGAAAUGCAGGAAGCAUUAGAUAUGACCAAAGAAGAAAUGGACUUGGCAGCGCACGAACUGUUGAACCGUCGACCCUUAUAGCGUCCAGUAGGUGUGGCUGCGCGACCACCAAGUGCCUGACAAACCACCACCAUCAAUCCAAAUUCUGUGUCAAAGGGUGCAUCGCCUAUUUGCGUCCAAAAUCCCAAUUUACACAUUAUUGCGUUCUCGAAAAUAGGUUUUCAUCGCUUUGUCAAUGAUCAAAAUAUUUUUAAACACAUUUUAUCAUAAUUAGUCAUCAACACAGAAAAAUCGUGUACACGAUAGUUAUAUCUUAUGUAUGUGUGUCGAUAAAUUUAUUGCAUGGAAAGAAAAAAUAUUCAUAU